AUUGACCUUAAGGUUUAAAGAGAGUGCGUUUGAAACUUACAGCUUCUGACGUGUAUAUAACAUGGAGGACUUGCGUUCAAGAAUUCUUGAUGACUAUCGUGCGAAUGCUUGUGACGUUAUCCAAUUUAAAUUAGUUGAUAACAAAGAAGCUAUAAAUUCUGUACAAGGAUUUAAUCCCGAGUUCACUCACCAGAUAUUUGGUGAGAGCGAGCAGAUAUUCGGAUACCGAAACCUCAAGAUUGAUAUUUAUUACACACCAGGCUUUUUAUCUACAUAUAUCGAUAUUUCUUAUUCGUCGAAAGUUAAUCCUGAACUUUCUAAAGGCGUUAUGCCUGAUGAUAUUAUGCACAUGUUAUCUAGUGUGUACACUUAUGAUGUCAGUAAGGAUCUUACUGAUUUCACCAAGAAAAUUGACGAAGAGUCCCACUUCACACCACAUGGGACCCAUAGACACAGUUAUGAAAUUGCUAAAGACAAAUGUCCAAAGAAGUUUUCUAUAUUUUUCAUCGAACAUGGUAUGCCUGGUUUUGAGGAAUUUCUCGAGUAUCACAAACGAAUGGAAUCCUUCAUUCUGUUUUUCAUAGACGGCGCAUCCGCUAUACCUACUGAUGAUAUUCAAUGGUGUUAUUAUAUGAUUUACGAAAAUGUCGACCCGAAGGCCGACGGCAAAUCGAAAUAUGCUUUUAUUGGUUAUAUGACUAUUUACAAGUUUUAUGCUUAUCCGAGAAAUCUUCGUCCACGAGUUAGCCAAAUUCUGAUUCUCCCACCUUUUCGAAACAGUGGCCAUGCCACACAACUUUUAGAAACAUUCUACCGCGAUUUCGUGCCCAUGUGGAAUGUUAUUGAUAUUGCAGUUGAAGAUCCAUCACCUAACUUCCAAAGUAUAAGAGACUUUUUGGAUUGCAAACGCUGUCUUGAAACUCCGGAAGUAAUACAGACUAUCUCACACCUUAAUAAAAUCAAGAAUGGACAAAGUAAUGAUGAAAAAUCAUCUGCAAUACGCUUCCGAGAAUUAGCGAGAACAAAGCUGAAGUUAAAUCGUUACCAGAGUCGAAGAGUAUAUGAGAUUCUUCGACUGUUUUUGUUGCCUCGCUCACCAGAAUGUGUAAAAUCCUUUUCUGAUGCACUUACUAAACGCACUGCAGCUCAUUUCCAGGUAUCUUGUACUCUUGUUUAGUUUAUAGAUAAACAUUCAUGUGUUCCUAAAUUUUUUUUAAACUAAUAGUCAGAUUUAUGACAGUAACUGUUUGUCAGUGGUUAUCGUUAAAGUCCUGGGCACUUUGUUCAUUCUAUUUGUAACUCUUAUUUGAAUUUACCCAUAUUCUAGUGAAUAACUGUCUCGAACGACUGUGAUAAGAGACGGCUGAAACUAGAAUUGACAAUUCAAGCCAUUGGUUGCUGAAGUAGAUUUUGUAUUUCACGAUUCGAUUUAUGCUAUCACUUCCAGAUGUUAGUUUUGUUGGACAGUCUUUGUCCUCAUAAGAAAUCUUCGACAUUAUACAACCAAUCAGCGAGUUCGACCAAAUGCAAUGCGUGGCUCUUCUCCGGUGCCGAAACCAUGUGGUUCUAAUUUCAAUCCAGUGAAAAAAGCAUGUGAAGAAAUUGCUGAUAAGUAUUUCGAAACCCAACUGCAAGAAGAAGUAGCCACCUUAUUGGAAAGUUAUCAGGAGACCGUACAUAAACUAGAUCAAUACAAUCCUUCAAUAAGACAAGAAUCUUGACCAUUGUUAUACAGAGUAUUCGUUUAUCCAAUUUUUUUUCAUAUAUACUGUUAUGAAACUUAAAUUUAAUAAAGGUAUAUUUCGCUAA